AUGAAUUCAUCAACAAUUAUUAAUGCUCUAUAUAGUUUCUUUGGCAAGAAGAAAAAUAAAUUAACAUGGUCAGGAUCUCUAGAAGAUCUCAAGGCAUUUGUUCUUACAAUAGUCGACGAAGAAACUGCUGAAAGUUCGACAUGGCGUUCACCCAGUGGCGGAAAAUGGUGCUUCGACAGCGAUCAACUUAAAGUUACGUGGUAUACGAAGAGCGAAGCAAUACUCUUUGAAGGGACCAAAGCUAAAGAUUUGUCUAUACGAAUACAUGGUAUUCUUGUAGAAUCAGUCGACCGGAAGAAAGCCAAAAAUAGCGAUCUUAACAAGUCCUUAGAAUGUUUUAUGGCCGAAGCGAGCACUGAAGUGGAUAAUAAUAGUCCUGAUGAAACGCCAGGACCAUGCACCUCAUUGUUGCAAGUAAGUAACAUCUCUUGCUGCAAUAUUAGUAACAAUAAUCAUGUCGAAAAUGUGCUCGGGCUAGGCGAGUCUUGUAACCAUGAACCUACUAAGCAGGGUUUGUCAGAAGUAGAAAUUACAUCUUUUGUCCCCGAGGCUGUGGCUGCCAACCCUUGUUCUGCCUGUUGUGACACGCAUAGACGGGAUAUUGAUAAGCUAAGUAUCGAAAUUGCUGAUCUAAAGAAGAAAGCUGUGAUUGCCAACCCUUGUUCUGCCUGUUGUGACACGCAUGGACGGGAUAUUGAUAGGUUAAAUGCUGAAAUAUUGAAUCUUAAGAAGAAAAUUGCUUUUCUCGAAGGGGAAGAGUUAGCGAAUUCAAGCAUGAAUAUGCAAAUCAUUCACUUACAAAGAGAUAAUUCUUCUUUAAUUAAGACAGUUGAAAUGCUCAGUAAACAACUCUUAAACCUAAGCGAAAAUAAAGGCGAAAACCUCCCAAAUAUUCCAUCAGUAAAUUUGGAUAAAACAAAUGUAUUGGAUCCCACCUCUAAAGCGUGUGAAAAAAAAGAAGAAAAAGAGACAGAAAAAACAAAGGGAAAGAAAAUAAGUUAUUGCAACGUAAUCCUCCAGCUAGUGAUGCUUCAUCCCCUGGGGACCCUCAUCGCCUCGUGA